UUUUUUUUUUUUGCGCAGGCGCACAUGGGCUGAUAGUGACGUCGUUGUAUGGCGAGAUGUGCCACCCGGCUGGAUUAGUUUACUUUAAGUGUCGGUUUUUAAUAGUUGUUCCAGGUAUAUAAUUAUUUUAGAUGCGUCUGGUUUUGUAACAUUUUAAUCUUAUAUAUUUAUUCGACAAGAUAACCUCUGUUAUUGUACACAUGCGGUUUUGUGGAAUAUAACGUCGUCAGUCUGUGCUAGUGGAGAGAAUGGGACCGAAAAAGAGAAAUGGUAUCCCUGACAGGUGGACUGAAUAUAAGGCAAUGGGCAAAAGAAUCCCUGGCACGCGCUUCGUCACGUUUAAAGUACCUCUAAAACAGGCUUUGAGGAGGCACCUGAGUGAAUCCGAAGUGUUCGGACCUUUUGAUCUCUUAGACAUGUUACAGAAGGAGGGUGAAGAACUUGGUCUCAUCAUUGAUCUUACCUUCACCACGAGAUACUACCAAGCCCAGGAUUUACCGGACACACUGCACUACCUGAAGAUAUUUACAGCAGGGCACGAGGUGCCGAGUGACUCCACCAUCCUAAGCUUUAAAAAGGCAGUGAGAAGAUUUCUGCACGAUAAUCAGGACAAUGAUAAGCUGAUUGGUGUUCACUGCACCCACGGCCUCAACCGAACUGGAUACCUCGUGUGCAGAUACCUGAUCGAUGUAGACGGUGUUGAACCUCAUGAUGCCAUCGACUUGUUCAACAAAUCACGUGGUCACUGUAUCGAGAGACAAAAUUACCUGGAGGAUUUGAAAUCAGGACCAAAACGCAGUAAUGCGGGAAUGGAGGAAUCAGAGGAGGAGCCAGUCAAAGGUGGAGCCCCAGACAGGACAUUUGACUCGAGGACUUUUCGAGAACCACGCCCUUCUUUCCAGAGGCCUUUCGACCAGAGGUGGAGAGACGACCAGACGAUACCCUUUCCACCUCCUCUAUUUCACACACCUCCUCACAGGGGUCCCCCUCCUUUUCUUCCUACUCCGCCUUUCAGGUUUCCACCUCCUCACCUACCGACUCCGCCUCAUCUGGGUGCGUGGCCUGGUUUUCGAGCAGACCAUUACCCCAUACCUCCUCCAAACCCUGCCUUUAUGCCACGCUACACCUUCGGAGGAGAGCCUCAACAAACCAGGGGGAAAAAACGCAGAACUGCUCAUAAAAACAAGCAGCAUUCUCCAUACUCACAGUGACUCUAACCACUAUUUUGUCUUCAGCCUUGACUGUGUUCAUGUUAACAAAGGGGUACAGAUUAGCAAGAUUUUAUUCAUCUUUAUCUUUUUUCAGCUUUAAAAUGUAUUUAACAGGCAGGUAAUGUACACAGCUGCUCUAGCAUAAGGAUAAGACUGUUACUUUUACCCAGAUUCUGUCUCUCAAAUUAAUUCUUUCUGUUCUGAACUAGUCUAUCGACUGUGUGCAGUCUGAUCUGUACUCUGCUGAAGGUUUCAAGGAAUGAAGUGUGGGAUCGUAGACACUUUUGUUUAAUAGUUUUAUCUAAAGAAAGACUACUGUAUUGUAUGUCCUUCAUAAGAACUGCAAUACCACCUUAUUAAAUACUUUAGAAUCCAAUACUACAUCCUGAUAAUGUAUUAAAUAUACGCUCCCCAUCCAGUUUAUUAGGAACACUUGGACAUUUUUAUGCACUUGUCUAAUCAGUUAAUUGUGGAGAAGGAGUGAAGUGAAUAAAAUCGUACAGAUACCUUUCAUGAGCUUUAGUUUACUUUAGCAGAAGUAUGAUCAUGAUGUGGAUGUUGUUACCAGAUAUGCUAGUUUGAGUAUAUAUAUAUAUAUAUAUAUAUAUAUAUUCAUGAAAUAAGUAUAUAAACUCCUGACAUCCAGGGAUUUUCACGCAGCAACUUGUACACACAACUUCUGCCCUACAUGCGUCAAAAGCUGGGCAUUAGAGCUGAGAGAAGAACAACAGGUUUAAGAUGGAUUGCUUUCUAAACCUGCCUUUAUUUAUAUUUGUGUCAUAUGACUGGUCAUGUGACUUCUAAGUACAUUUCUUUAAUCUUUAACAGUUUCUUUAAUCAGCUGUUGCUAAACUUUUCUGAAGGACAUCAUCGGAUUUUCUUUUUACUCAUGUGGAUGCUCCGAAUUUUAAUCUCUCACACUACAAGCUGACACAGUUUUCUGCUUCUGUAAAAGGUGUAUUUUUGUGUGUGUGUUCGUGCUGCAAGACAGGAUAUGGUUGGAUGAUUGAUUACAAGCUUGAAACUUUCUGCACAGCUGCUUAGAAAAUGUGUGUGUGUGAGAGAGAGAGAGAUUUAAUACAAUUAGAGCUAAAUAAAGGCUGUGUAGUUAUUCA